GCUGUAUUUUUGGGACCCUGCGAAUGAAGCGAACAAGCUGGAAUAAAGAUGUAGUGUGAGCUGGUGGAAGGAGGGGGACUGAACAAGGAGAGCGCUGUGCUCAAGGAAGCAGAGGACGUCCUAGCUGGACCCGUGGACCAGGAGGACAGAUCUUUUGGGGGGAGACAAAGACAGCAGGACCGCUGGAUCAGGAAGAUGCCCUCUCGCUUCAGGAAUGCGUUGAACAUUGUGGUCACCACGCUUUUUGCAGCGGUGGUCCUUUUCACCGUCCUGCUAGCCUAUGUCACAGGCUACCAGUUCAUCCAUACUGAGCAGCACCACCUGUCCUUUGGCCUCUACGGUGCCUUCCUCUCCCUCCACCUUCUCCUCCAGAGCCUGUUUGCCUACCUGGAACAUCGGCGGAUGAAGGCACCCACCCGUCCUCAACACCUGCGUCGCUCGGUGGCCCUCUGCAUCGCCGCCUACCAGGAGGAUCCAGACUACUUGAGGAAGUGUCUGCGCAGUAUCAGACGGAUUUCUUUCCCUGGACUUAAAGUUGUGCUGGUGGUGGAUGGGAACCGGCCAGAGGACCGUUACAUGAUGGACAUUUUCCAGGAGGUCAUGGGCGGGGCUGACCAGGCUGGCUGCAUGGUGUGGAAGGGAAACUAUCACAGUGACGGGAGCGGAGAAGGGGGUGUCGGAGGAGGAGGGAGGAGUACGGUUCACCAGGAGGAGGCGGCACGCGUGACUCGACUGGUCAGAAGCCUCCGUUAUUCCUGUAUCAUGCAGGAGUGGGGAGGGAAGAGGGAGGUGAUGUACACGGCCUUUAAAGCACUGGGGGACACCGUGGAUUAUGUGCAGGUGUGUGACUCAGACACCGUUCUCGAUCCAGCAUGUACAAUAGAGAUGCUGAAGAUCCUUGAGGAUGACCUAACAGUAGGAGGGGUCGGUGGGGAUGUGCAGAUCCUCAACAAGUACGACUCGUGGAUCUCCUUCCUCAGCAGUGUCCGCUACUGGAUGGCCUUCAACAUUGAGCGUGCCUGCCAGUCGUACUUUGGAUGUGUCCAGUGUAUCAGCGGCCCCCUGGGGAUGUACAGGAACUCCCUUCUCCAGCGUUUCCUGGAGGCCUGGUACCAUCAGACUUUCCUGGGCUCCAAGUGCAGCUUUGGCGAUGACCGCCACCUGACCAACCGCGUGCUCAGCUUUGGCUACAAGACCAAAUACACAGCACGAUCGCAGUGUCAGACUGAAACGCCAACCCAGUACUUGCGGUGGCUGAACCAGCAAACACGCUGGAGUAAGUCCUACUUCCGUGAGUGGCUCUAUAACGCUCUGUGGUUUCACAAGCACAGCCUAUGGAUGACCUAUGAGUCGGUGGUCACCGGCUUCUUCCCCUUCUUCUUGGUAGCCACAGUCAUCCAUCUGUUCUACCGUGGAAGGCUGUGGAACAUCUUGCUCUUCUUGUUGACCGUCCAGCUGGUCGGGAUGCUGAAGGCCACCUACGCCUGUUUCUUGCGUGGCAGCCUGAUCAUGAUCUUCAUGUCGCUCUACUCUCUGCUCUACAUGUCAAGCUUGCUCCCUGCAAAAAUAUUUGCCUUGCUCACAAUCAACAAAGCCGGGUGGGGCACUUCAGGUCGUAGGAAGAUUGUCGUCAACCUAAUUGGUGCCGUUCCUGUCACAGUGUGGACGAUGGUGCUGCUUGGAGGCGUGGUGUACACCAUUUACUGUGAAACACAACAGCCAUUUACUCAAUCCGAAAAGGCCUUGUUGAUAGCGGGGACGAUACUGUACGCCUGCUACUGGCUCAUUCUGCUGGUGCUUUACCUCGCAAUUGUAGCCAAACGGUGCAACAAGAGAGAGGAACAGUAUCACCUGCCUUAUGCUGAGGCAUAAAGCCGCUUCAAGUCGGCACCGCGGGUCAAUCACAUGAAGCCCAACUGCUGUAUGACUCUUGCACCUCUGUGGACUGCUGAAGCGCCGUAAGCAAAUGCGGUCACGUCUGCAUUGUCGGUGCUAAAAAGGCCCAGGAUGUGAAAUCGGAGCAGCAGGGAGCUGAUCCAGUCAGCGUAUAACUUGGAUCCAUGAAGCUUCAGGAUCAAAUGGAACAGCAGUAUUCAUACACUGUAUAUGAACAUCAUGUAGUUCAUGGGUACAGGUUAGCUGUGCAACCACAACAAAAGGGUCGAGUGUGGUGCUUGUGCUGUAAAGCAGGGAAUGAAUCCAAUGCAAGUAUAAGCAUGAUCGGUUAGAUUGUCAUUUCAAUUAUGUUUACAGUAGAUCGCUGCCUAUUUGCAGUUCGGCAUUUGCAACCCCACAUAUUCGCAGAUUUCUUUUCUCUUAUUUAAAUUGUAAUUUGUUUUUUUAUGGCAACUUAAAUAGAAAGUGGUAUGAUGGCGCUAUCUGCGGGGAAAAAAACACGUGCUGCAGCUAUGAAUCCAGUAGACAGAGCUGUCAAUUUACUUAAGAUUUUCCAGCAGGAAGAUGCUUUGAAAAGACGCAAUGUUGUGUAACUGCACAUUUUGUAAGUACAAUAAUGUAUACUGUAUGCCUCUUAUUGUUUCUUCAUGUGUAAAACUGAAUUGAAAAUUCAUUUAAAAACCGUGAGAGAUGUAUUAUAGGGUUUAGAGUAUCAAAAAUAGGCACUUUUAGGGCUUUAAUGGGUGCGACCAUUAUUUGCAGGGAUCUACUAUUUAUAACAGAAAAAGGACAGGGAAAAAACGCAAUGGGUGCAAGCAGCAGAACUUUUCGUAAACAUUUCUGCCAUUUAACUAGAGUGUGUACAGUAACUCAGAAAAACAACAGAGGGGAGUGGAUAUGCUGGUGGACCUGUCAUAUGAAUGCAUUGUUGAUCUAUGAACUUGAUUAUUUAUACCCUGACCACUUUAAGGGGUGAAGGCAGGGGUAUCCAAAGUGCGGCCAGGAGGCCAUUUGCAGCCUCAAGGCACAUUCUAAAAAUACAGUUACUUAAAAACUACAGGAAUAUGUAAAAGAAAAGAGUAGAAACUAGGUAACAUAAUGAGAAAAGGAUGAAAUGCUGAUGCUAAUAACACAAAGCUGACAUGCAGGCUGUUUUCUUUAAGUAUAUAUACAGUAACUCCUUUGUAUGUUGGAUUGGUUUUAGCCUUUUUUACAAAAUGACAACUAUCAAAAUGGCCCCUGAAUCCCUGACAUGUUUCAAGUAUGCGGAUGUUGGUGGAAAAAGUUUGGACACCCCUGGAUUAAGGUGUUUUUUGUUGUUGUUUUUUUAGGUAUCUGGCUGGAAAUUACACAAGCAAGUUGUGUGCUUUUCAUUAAAAAUAGUCACCAGUUUCCUUUUAUCAAAUUAUCGAAGUCAUCUAAUCAGCAAAUUUUGAGAAAACAGGCCUUCGCACCAUUCAGAAGGAGCCUGGUAUCUUUUAGCAUAGUCGAAAUAAUUCUAAUCAAAUAUUACUAGUAUUAUGUAGAAGCCUAGAAAGGGUAUUGUUUUGCAAAAGGGUAUGAUUACUUUUGUAUGGGAAUCAUUCAUUUUGGAAAUGUUGGGUCAAACUGUUAAAAAAAAAUUAAAAUUGUUUUUUUUUUUUAAAUAAUAUGCACUAUAUUAGUACGACUAUAGUCUUUUUCAACAUUUACAGCUAAAAUAAAUUUUCGCCCGUUUUUUCAGUGCCACGGCUGUCGUGAAAUCGCAUUUUUUCAAGUUGCUGAAACGACACUUUACUGGUCCGGGAGGUGGGCCAAACUCCCCCCACACAUUCAUCGGGGGUCCCAAAGAUGGCAAAAAAACUAACUUUUUUGAGGGGUCGAUUUUUGCGUGUUUUUUUAAACUUGAAAUGGAAAUGUGUGGGGUUUGAAUCAUUUUGGGUUAACUGUAUGUGCUGUUUCCAAACAAUAAUGCACACUAACAUACACUACAAUGUAAACCAGAAUAUACCUGCAUGACUACACUACCACAAGACAAAAAGGAACCCAACUGGCAAUAUCAGCCAUAUUCAGAGACUGCUGCAGGCCAGGUAGAGUACGUCGGCCCUUGUUCACGUUCAUCAGGCAGCAUGCUGGGGUUCUCAUUUUCUAGGAUCGAUCAGUUGCAUUUCUAAGUUGAAGUGAUUCAGAUAUUUUUAUAUUUGGUCACUUUUGUACUUUUUUUGAAGUCCCUAAGUAUUUUAUGUAUCAUCUGUUUCAUAGGUAACAUUUUUCCACAGGACAAGUGUUUUCUUCAUCAAUGACAUCUUCCAUGAACUACAGAAAAUAUUCAUUCACUUCGUCAGUGGCUUCAAUUAAGGGCCAAAGAUGUUAUCUUUCAAGUGAGACACUUGUUUUUUCUCACGUCAUGCACGCAAAAGGAACAUGAAAGUUCAGUGCCACAGUCAAAUGGCAAUUUUAAUGACAGAGGUCCAGCUGAGAAAAAUCACUGGUCAAUAAAAUACAUUCUUCCUGCAAUGCAACGCAGUUCAUUCUGCUUUGUUUCCAAGACUGCAUGGAAUACCUCCGCUCUAUAUUUCUAUAUUUCUAUCGGGUGAAAUGGCUUCAGGCAGGAGGCCCAGUGGCUUCAACUGAACUUGGCAGUUUACUAUGACCUCGAUGACAUCUUUUCGUCAUUGUGUUACAGGAAUAUCACAAGA